CAGCAGCAACAGCAGCAACAGCGGCAGCAGCACCGGCAACAAACACCCCAGCAACACGAACGAUACGAAAAACAGCAACACCCCCAAGAUUACAACAGCAACAGCAAUAACAGUAACAACAACCACAACAAUAAUAUUAGUAGUAGCAACACCAACAAUACAAAAGAAAAGAAGUUGAUCAACUCAAAUUCCUCUUUGAAACGUGAUGAUGGCAGGCCUUUAGUCGGUGCUACGAAAGUGGAUCAACUUAUGCUAAUUAUACAAGCUAGGCAAAAGGGUGUUUGUGGAAACAUUGAGCAAUCCGAAGAUGGCAACAUAGACGAAGAAAACAUACUACCUAAUCCUAUUGAAUUGGUAGGUGGGGUUGAGAAAACUUCACUCAAAGGUGACAAGAGUCAUCAAUGCAAAUACUGCCAGAAAAAGUUCACUCAGUCCACACAUCUCGACGUCCAUCUUCGAUCACAUAUGGGUGUGAAGCCUUAUAAAUGCGAAUUUUGCGACAAGAGAUUUACCCAAGGUGGAAACCUAAGAACACACAUGAGGCUACACACGGGUGAGAAACCGUUCAAAUGCAACAUAUGUGAUAAACAGUUCAGCCGGAAAGGUAAUCUCCAGGCGCACCAUUUGACACACGACAAUAGCAAGCCCUUUAUUUGCAAGUUUGACGGGUGUAACAAAGGGUUCACGCAGUUGGGGAACUUGAAAGCACACCAAAACAGGUUCCAUUUAGAUACCAUCAAUGAACUGUUUAACAAGCUCGCUCAGUUGGGAGAGGGCAUUGGGUCCUACGACAGUCUGCCCAAAAGUGAGAAGGAUCUUCUAGAUUACUUUUCAAGCUUGUACAAGAACCUCAACAAAGGUAUUAAGGGACGUGGCAAGGCUCGC